CUCGCCUCCCGCCUGCAGCGGACCUAGGCGCCUCCGCGUCUUCCACAUCGUCCGCGCCAUCGGAGGCGUCGUCUCCGGGGAGGGGCAUCCUCGUGCGCGCCUCCGCCUCCGCCUCGUCCACAUGGUCCACGCCGUCGGCGAUGUCGCCUCCGGGAAGGGGGGUCCUCUCCGCGGGCCACCUCGGCUCGCACGAGGAGUCGUCCCCGGGAACAAAAAGGAAGCCCCUCCGCCGCGAGCCACCCGUCCUCCGCUGGCUGCCUCCCUCCGCCGCCUCCUUUUCCCCCUCUUCCUCGUCCGCGGGAGGAGGAAGUUCUUCUGCCUUCUCCCCGUCCUCCGCGCCGCAGUUGGCGAUUUCGUCGACGGGAAGGGGGCUCGGGCGACCCGUCUGCUCCACCUUCGCCGCCUCAUCCCCGGGCCCUUUCCCGUGCGCCAUGGAGGGCAAGACGAUCAGCUUCCGCUGCAGGUCGAUUCCUUAUGGAGCUGUGGUCGGUGAUGUGCGGGCGAAGGGCUCCGUCGUCGAGCUCAGAACCUCCGAACCCGUCCCGAAGAGACCAUUCACCGCUGGGGAGUGGGUGACACUACACGCUCCAGACGGUUCUUGCUGGGAAGGCUCUGUGAAGACGCAGGAUGACGAUCCCUCGGAUUCUCUGUACACGCGUCUACUGGUUGAUAUCCUAGUGCCGGCUCAGAAACCAGGCUAGUCCUUCUGAAAUCGUCUCUCAUAUCCUCUGUUUCCGUCUCUCCCUCUUCUUAGAUAUCCUCUGCUUCGGUUCUGGUGUUAUGUGCUGGAGUAUGAUCUCCAUGUGUAAUUAAUGUUUCAGAUAGUGCCACGGAAAACUUCAUCAUAGAUGUAUUUGCAACUAAAACUGUGAUUGCUACCCCACCUCCUCUCAAUGCUUGGAAGCUUCGGACUGUUCCCCAAAAGGAAGGACAUGAAAGACAUAAAUCAAGAAUAGGACUUAAAGGCUUUGAGAAAAUCGGAAGGGCUGUUGCUGAGGUGCUCAUAGAAAGCUCCGAUGUUAACCUUGUGGCCAUCUAUGCUGAGGAGAUGAAUGCAACCAACUUGGUCCGCUCGUGGAAGAACAGCAAUAUACCUCUAAGAUUCAAAGAUUAUAGAACAGUGGUAUUCAAAAGAACAUAUCAGAGAAAGAAUAACGCCCCUGAGGAGGAAGACAUAGAAGUCACCGUCUUCUUGGCUAGUGAACGAGAGAAUAUUCCAUGGAGCCAGGCUAGAGUAGAAUAUGUCGUCGAUUCUAUUGCUGUGACGGGUGAAACAGAUACCACAGAACCAAAGGUCAUCAACGACAAAAAAUUGGUCCAUUGCCUCACUCGAUUUCCCAAGGUGGCUCAAACUUUUGGGCUGCUUUUUGAUCGACAAGAGCCCCGGUUCACGAGACCGUGUUGCCGGCUCACCAUAGUUGCUACUAGCUUAUCUUCUGUCGAGGUUUUGACGGACUCUUUCCCUCAAUGGGAUAAGACAGAAACAAGUAUGUCUUUUUUUGCCGAUGGAAGUGCCGAAGAAACGUCAAGCUUUGACCUGAUCGUCACACUCUCAACCAGUUCUAGCAACAAGAGGCUUGGCAACGGCACGACCACGAGCGAUUCCUUCACUGCUCUCCUACGUACUUGCAUUGACAUGAUCCGGCUCGUGCCGCUGCCGAUUGUCAGAUGUCGACUCGUUCUUUUCUGAGUGUCCGACUACGGAGGAUCGAGGUGUCAUCGUGUCGGGCGUAAAAUGUGCAUACCAUGUUGGUACAGUUGUUGAAUAGUACAGGUUUACCUUGCAUAGGAUAUUCUUCCGUAACUGAUCGCAACCCAUGUGUCCUUGACUUGUCCAUAUCACAUGGAGUACCAGGUACUACCAUCUUAGCUCUGAACUUGGUCCUUAAUUGUUGAUAUAUUGAAAUGUAGAUGUCAUGCAGCACGGUGAUCAGAGAGAAAUUUUAAUCUGCUUUUUGUUGAUAUGUUCAGCUGUAGAUGUAGCACAGUG